CCAUCACCAAGUUUUCCUGGAAUUUCAAAGAUAUUUUUAUUUCUAUAAAUUAUUUGUUAGGCAACUAGAAUUGCAAAACUUCGUAAGAGUGGUAACAGCCAAUUCAUGAUGAAUGAUAAGUGACAUGAUGUCAUAUACAGGAUGUAUGAGGUCACAGGGACAUCAACAAUUUUCAGUAUUCCUUUAAAUUCUUGAGUAAUCACAGUACGAUUAAAAACAUAUGUUUCUGAAUAAACCAUCAAGUUAUUAUUAAUGAUUGUUCAAAAUAAUGCAACAGUGUCAUGGGCAAGUGCUGUAUAAUUAUGAUGAAUCACUUUUUCAGGCUCAACUCGUCCAAGCAUGAAAACGAAUAAAGAAAAAUAUUUAAAAAAUGUGAAACUGCUGAAUGCUAUAUCAAUUUCCAGAGAAAUAUUUAUUUGCUUCUGGAAGCCAGCCAGUUAUUGGUGAAACAACUUAAAAUGGAGUGCAAAAAUAGUGCAGAAUUCACAGGAGUCAUAGAGGGAAAUAAGCCAAAUGAAGAACCAACCACACCAGAAGAAAAUGAUUUAUCAAUUACUAGACCUAGCUUAGGAUCUGAUGCUGAGUUUGAUGAUGAGCUUGCUAUAGCAGAAUCUAUAAAACUAGUCGAUAUGGGCGAUGGGCCUGUGGCUAUUGAAAAUUCUGAUGUGGAGUUAGAAUGUGAUGACCAGUUAGAAGGGCUUCCAUACAGCAGUAUCACCAACUGCAAAAAAUUCAAAUCUUAUCAUAGAAACCUUUUUAUUCCUGGUGUUGAUAUCACAGCAACUAUAACAAACUAUGAGAGGAACUUGACCACACAUGUCUUGAACCCUAAUUUAUACACAAUUGCUUUAGCACAUGGACCAUUCCACUGGAAAAUCAAGAAGAGAUAUAAACAUUUCCAGACUUUGCAGCAACAACUGGUUCUGUUCAGAACUAGUCUUAACAUACCAUUUCCAAGUAAAACCCACAAAAAUAAAAGGAAAACUUUUAGACAAAACGCCCCUGUUUCGCCUAAAGGAAAAAGAAAAAGUGCCUUGCCCAGGUUCCCCAAAAAGCCAGAUGUGCUAGUGACAUAUGAUAAGUUAGAGAAUAGGAUGAAGCAACUAGAAAACUACCUCAACAAUUUGCUCUCUUUUACUAUUUAUAGGAACCACCCUGCCACAGUCAGUAUAAAAUCAAUUACAAAAAGGUCACAAUUUACCGAAAAAAGUAUCUUUCUUAUGUUCCUUCAAACAAACUAGCAAGCAUAUCAAAUCCCGGGAAGAAUAUUACAAUCAGGAUAUGCUAGAGAAAUCAAAAUAUUCCUGUUCAAAAAAAUUAAUGAUCAUGAAAAUUGGUGAAAUUAAUCAUAUAUCUAUAUUGCAGAUAGAAUUUCUGGAAGUGAGUCACCUGUCAUUCAUUUCUGGGUUGGGCUUUAAAGGUAAAGAAGGUCUUGUCAGAAAGAAAACUGGCAGUACACAUCCUGGACAGUCUGGGUGUAAGUGUUUUGGGUUGUAUCACUGUUUUUGUUGCAUUAGAUGCCAACAAUUGUGCAAUGACAUGAUAUGUUCGCGUUGGGUGAAACGAUGGUUGUUCAUGAAAGACACCUUCUUCGGUUACAUUAAUCCCGAGAACGGCCAGUUGAAAUCUGUGAUAUUGUACGACCAAGGUUUCGAAGUUGUGACGGGGAUGUACUCGAUAGGUUUGCAAACAGGCUUUCACGUACAGACGCUCAGCAGGCAGAUCAGUCUCAAAUGUUACACGAGAAGGAAAGGAAAAGAGUGGACGCAGGCGUUGAAAGAAGUGGCAGGAACAACGGCAAAAGAAUUUACUCAGAUGAACCCGAACCGAUCUUUUGCACCAAUCAGAAACAACAUAACAGCCUCAUGGUUUGUGGAUGGUGCGUCUUAUAUGUCUGCAGUUGCUGACGCCAUAGACAAUGCCAAAGAAGAAGUGUUUAUCACCGAUUGGUGGCUGAGUCCUGAAAUCUAUCUCAAACGACCAGCGAUCGUUGGAGAUUAUUGGCAGUUGAAGAACCUUUUGAAAAGAAAAGCUGACGCAGGAGUCAAAGUCUACAUCUUGCUUUACAAAGAAGUGGAAAUGGCGUUAGGCCUGAACAGCUACUACAGCAAACAAAAGUUAGUAGAGUCUUCUGAGAAUAUAAAAGUACUGAGACAUCCUGACCAUGCAAAAGCGGGGAUAUUCUUAUGGGCCCAUCACGAAAAAAUGGUUGUAGUCGAUCAGACGUACGCUUUCGUUGGGGGCAUCGACUUGUGCUAUGGUCGAUGGGACGACGACAAACACAGGUUGACAGAUCUCGGCAGCAUAAGCCCGACCAUCGACGUAUCGACUUUAAAGAAAAGAAGCUCAAGUGCUCCAGCUGGUGACGUGAUAUAUCCUUUACCAGUGCCAUAUUACAAACAAGCACCUUUACCUACAGUCAAAGAGCCAGAAAUACCUAUAGAAGAUACUGUUACUAAUGAUAUACCACAACUUGAGCCUGGAGAUCAUUUACUAAUACCUCCGAGGCCGGAUAAAAUCAAAAUGAACACACCUGAGUUCGAUAGAAAACACCUGAUCAUCGACACGAUAAAAUCCAAAGGUAAAGAACUGAUAAAUCUAGUGUACAACCCUAACGAAGAAUGCGAUGAACCAGAGCCAGAAUCUCCAAACGAAAAGGCGGACCAGCAAGAUCUCCAAACUCCCGAACAGAUAAUUGACACCCUGGACGGCCAAGCAAAACUCUGGAUCGGAAAGGACUAUGUGAAUUUCAUUGUGAAGGAUUUCACAAACCUUGAAUCACCUUUCGACGAUUUCAUAGACAGGGUCACCACUCCUCGUAUGCCAUGGCAUGAUAUUGGAAUGUGCGUGCAAGGCGCAGCUGCAAGAGAUGUUGCUAGACAUUUUAUACAGAGGUGGAAUGCGACAAAACUAGACAAAGCAAAGAAGAAUACUCAAUAUCCAUACCUUAUGCCAAAAAGUUACAACGAAUUCAAACCCCUGCCAGUAUUUUUUCCUAACAUGACGCACAAAGUAACCUGCCAGGUUCUAAGAUGUGUGAGCUGUUGGUCUGCAGGUUUUCUAGAACCGGACACUGUCGAGCAAAGCAUCCACGAAGCUUACAUUGAAACGAUCAUGAGAGCCCAGCAUUAUAUUUACAUUGAGAAUCAGUUUUUUAUCAGUCUUCCUUAUCACAAUCCCAAUACGAAAAACCAAAUUGCUGAAGCACUGUACAAAAGGAUCAUAACAGCCCAUAAGUCAAAACAGGUGUUUAGAGUGUAUGUUGUCAUGCCUCUUUUACCAGGGUUUGAAGGUGAAGUAGGUGCACCAUCAGGAACUUCAUUACAUGCUAUAACACAUUGGAACUACCUGUCAAUAUCACAGGGCAAAGACGCAAUUUUGAAUAGGCUGAAAGACGCAGGAAUCGAAGAUCCGUCUCAGUACAUUAGUUUCUAUGGUCUUCGGAACCAUUCUACUCUGAAUGGAGAACCCAUAACAGAACUAAUUUACGUCCAUUCAAAGUUGAUGAUUGUCGAUGACAAAAUUGUCAUUUGCGGUUCUGCCAAUAUCAACGAUAGAUCUCUCAUUGGUAAAAGGGAUUCUGAAAUCGCUGUGAUUAUUGAGGAUGAAGCCUUCGAUGACGGAAUUAUGAACGACAACGCCUUCCCGUGCGGCCAAUUUGCAGGUAGUCUCCGAAAAUAUCUUUUCAAGGAACACUUGGGUGUGUUGGGCAAAGAGAACGAGGUGUUCGAUUUUGACGUAACCGAUCCCACUUCUGACCACUUUUACAACGACAUUUGGCGCAAGACCGCCAGUUUGAACACGGAGUUCUAUGAAAAAGUCUUCCACUGCUUGCCAACUGAUAGCGUACAAACUUUUGCCGAUUUGAAGAGAAAUCACGAAGAAAAGCCUUUGUGGAUCUCAGAAUAUUCGAGGGCGCAGAAAAUGUUGGAGAGCAUCCAGGGUCAUCUUGUACUCCUGCCUCUGAACUUCAUCUGCAAAGAAUGCCUGACCCCUGCAGCGAGUUCUGUAGAAGGAAUGAUGCCGACAUCUUUAUGGACAUAGUGAUCUAGUAUAGGUUAUUUCCCCUAAGAAUAAGCCAAUAUUUCUCAUAAAUUAUUAGCCCCUUAAUUGCCAUCACUAGGCAUAAAAAAGUGUUUCUUCAAAAUACUCAUGCAAUUUAUGUUGUGUUCGUUUUUACUCACAGUGGUUUGUUAUAUACAUAAUACUUUUUUAAAAAAAAUUUAAAGACUUCAGUAUACAUGUUUUUAUCAAUGAUGUGCCUUAUAGUCUUUUCGCAAUUUGUGCGUUUACACGUUAUUAUAUUUGCAUUUAUGUGCAGUACAAAAAUAGGAACGAUAUAAUCGAUAAUUAUUUUUAGCUAUUUGUAAGAGCUAAUAUUUUAUAUAUCGUAUUUAUUAAACAGGUGGGUGUUGGUGCUGUACUUAGAUAUAAUUUAAUGUGAUAGAAUCAUGCCUUUUUGCGUAAUAUUAACACGGAUGCAGUAUUUUUAUAAUUUUACAGUAUUUUUCAUUAAUUCCAUAUACCAGACGACACAAACAACAAAGAUAUUAAACAGUUUUUGUUUAAUUAUUUCAAUUACUUUUAAAAAGAACGCAUAAAAUAUAUUUGUUUAGAUAAAUAAUGCUUGGCUAUUCUAUUUCGUUUUUAAUUCAUCUGUAGCUAUUUGUUAUUUAUUGAUAAUACAUUCUUGUCAAAAUUAAUAACA